AUGCUUGCCACGAGCAGCUCAAUUGCAAGAAGGCUUUUUCAUUCCACCGUCAGACUAGCUUGCGAGGGUAAAUCGAAAGAAGUUCCACCACCAGAAGAGGCGGGAUGGGCUUACAAUCAUAUCGAAAAGAAGAAGGGUAUGUAUAAACCGCAUCACAGCAUCAAUGAGCAAAUCGCCUACAUGAAAAGCAAAGCGUACGCCGAUGCUUACAAAGGUCUGCCAAUCUACAGAUGGUACAAAAGAAACAUAAAGGGACAAUCGAAAUUGCAGCCACCGCCGCGUCUUUUCUGCAUCGACAAACACGGGCGGUUCAACAAAAACCACGCGUGUCCGGUGUGCCGCGAUGAAUAUUUGUAUUUCGACUAUCGCAAUCCGGCGCUCAUCGAGCAGUUCCUCGCCGACGGCACCGACAAACCGAUCGAUAUUCUGAAAAGCGGAUUGUGCCGCGAGCAAUAUGUGCAACUUCAAGCGCAGCUUCUCAAAGCCAAAGAGCACGGAACAAUCACGUUCGGUGUCGAUUUUCGCAAUUUUGAUUAUCGCCAAUGGUACAAGAGUUGGAAUGAGGAGCCCGGAAAACCGGUGGAACGCGCCGGUGUUCGCCUUCAAGACAUCCAUCCAGAUCCGCUCGUCUCAUUCCCGACAUUCAAAAACGACAAGAACAAUGAUUGGGAUCAGUGGUGGAUUCGACACGACAAAUUCGCGAGGAAGGCCAAAUAA